CAUCACACUACCCAAUCUCUAGGCUCUGACUCUUAUCUCCUCUUCGAACUCCGCCACUUGUCUGAACCACUGGACUUAGCCAAUCACACCCUAUCAGCUCGUGUCUAAAAUCCAGCGGUCAUGAGCCCCAGCACACUUUUACGUUACUGUCGCUAUCUCAGACUUGCGCGUCACCCAUUUAUGCACAGAGGAUUCCCUUCCUUUCUUUUCUCCCCUCUUUUUGCUCUUUCUCUUUCAUGGUCGAUUAUUUACGCUAUGGCGCAGCAUGUGGGAAAGAUAAUGGGUAUGAAUAUGGAGGUAAUGGAUGGAUCGACGCGAGCAGCAGAUAGAGGACACCGGUUACAAAUUGUACAUACGACCAUGCCAGCGACAGAGUAGGAUAGCAUACUCUGCAUUCAUGAAUUGAAUCUUGAUGAUCCUUUCCCAAUCCUUUCCCUACCCCCAAUUUAUCAGCUUUUGCAGAGAUCGUACAAUACAUGUAUGUACCUCCUAUUCCAGGACGCCAGCC